AUCCAAACAAUGGAACAUAUGCAAAAUCAGUAAUUAUGAUCUGGAAGAUAGCUUAUAAGCUCUUUAAAGAGUCUCUUAACUAUAGUCCUCCUAUAUCUCUAGAAAAACUUUUUACCCCUUCGAUCACGACAAACAUGGAAGCUAUUCAAACACUCACUUGGAUACAUAUCUGCACUAUUUAUGAAAUUUGGUGCUGGAAAUAUAGUGAAAAAUGGGGUAACGGUGCUCCGGCCCUUAAAAAAAUUAUUGUAAGCCGUCUUUCAAGUGAAUUUCAGGUCCCACAGAAAAGGCUAACAACUAAAAAUUCAAAAAUUAAUAUUUUAACCAAAUACUCACGAGACGAAUUCCCUUUAUCCUGCGAUCCAACAAUAUAUAACGGUGAUGAACUACCUAGGUUGAAGAUAAAAAAAAAAAAAUAA